AAGGACUGAACCCAUCCUCCCGUAAAUUUCGCCUCUCGAUUUCUCGGUUCGAAGUUCGAACUAUCUGUUCGGUUCACCGGAAAAAGAGACGAAAAAAAGUGGCAAUGGCGGAGAUCACCCCCACCGGCGGCGAUGUUCCUGCUAACAUGACUAUUUACAUUAAUAACCUCCACGAAAAAAUCAAGCUUGACGAACUGAAGAAAUCGCUUCAUGCGGUGUUUUCGCAAUUUGGGAAAAUUCUGGAGGUUUUAGCAUUCAAAACCCUAAAACACAAGGGGCAAGCUUGGGUAAUUUUCGAGGAGGUUUCUUCUGCUACUAAUGCACUUCGACAGAUGCAGGGAUUCCCGUUCUACGAUAAGCCCAUGCGGAUACAAUAUGCAAAGACAAAAUCUGAUAUCAUCGCAAAGGCGGAUGGUACUUUUGUACCUCGAGAAAAAAGAAAGAAGCAUGAUGACAGAGGGAGAAAGAAAAAGGAGCAACAUGAUGCUUCUAAUCCUGCCUAUGCUGGUGCCUAUGGUGCAGCUCCUCCUCUGUCUCAAAUACCAUACAUGGGCGCUAAAGCUGCUGUCCAGGAGGCUCCAGCUCCACCAAAUAACAUUUUAUUUGUUCAGAAUCUUCCUCACCAGUCGACCCCAACGAUGCUGCAAAUGCUGUACUGUCAGUAUCCUGGAUUCAAGGAAGUUAGAAUGGUGGAAGCAAAACCAGGAAUUGCUUUUGUCGAAUAUGAAAAUGAGAUGCAAUCAACUGUAGCAAUGCAGGGACUUCAAGGAUUUAAGAUAACCCAAGACAAUCCUAUGUUGAUUACCUAUGCAAAGAAGUAGACUACGGUUUUUUUGUAUUGCUUUUGCUCUAGAGAAUGGUUUCUCUGCAAAUUUAAUCAUUAUCAUUUUGACAGCUCUCUCUUAGUAGUACCUUUGUUGUUUUAGUGCCUGUGUUUGAUUCAUCAAGGCCUUGUAGAACUUCCUUUCUCUGGUUAUUAUGAUGCUAAACAAUGACUGUUCGUCUUUGAUAUUCACAUAUAGCAAGCUUUUCUUU